AAGUGGGAGUCGGGCGACUUCCGGCCGCUACCUUGGCAGAGGGAAGAGUACCCGGAAUGGCGACUAAGAAGUUGGCCCGGCGACUUGGAUUAAUUAGGAAGAAGUCAUUUGCACCAGUAAAUAGAAAUCUACAAAGAAGCAAAUACCAGCAGUUGUUUGACUACUUCAUAGUCAUUGAUUUUGAGUCCACCUGCUGGAACGAGAGGAAGCACCACCGUAGCCAGGAAAUAAUUGAAUUUCCAGCAGUAUUGUUGAAUACAUCUACUGGAGAGAUUGAAUCUGAGUUCCAUGCUUAUGUUCAGCCGCAGGAACAUCCCAUUUUAUCUGAAUUUUGCAUGGAACUGACAGGCAUAAAGCAGGUUCAAGUUGAUGAAGGAAUCCCUCUGAAGAUUUGCUUAUCACAGUUUUGUAAAUGGAUUCAUAAGAUUCAGCAACAGAAGAACAUAAUUUUCCCUAGUGGAAUCUUGAAUUCUUCCAGUUCCGAAGUAAAAUUAUGCGCCUUUGUUACUUGGUCAGACUGGGACUUGGGGGUUUGCCUGGAGUAUGAGUGCAAAAGGAAACAGCUGUUAAAACCCAUCUUCUUAAAUUCGUGGAUUGAUCUCCGAGCAACUUACAAGCUUUUCUACCGAAGAAAACCAAAAGGACUAAGAGGUGCUUUGCAGGAAGUGGGAAUACAAUUCUCAGGACGAGAGCACUCUGGGUUGGAUGAUUCUCGGAAUACUGCUUAUCUUGCCUGGAAAAUGAUCAGAGACGGUUGCAUAAUGAAAAUUACUAGAUCUUUGAAUAAGGUACCCCCUAAGAAGAAUCCCAACAUUUUGGCCAGCAAUUUGAAUAAGGAUCAUGUUGAAGACAGUUCUGACUGUAGCAGUACCAUCCAGGUUCCCAGUCCCUUUGAUACGGAGCCUAAGAGUGCUACAAAUGCUGGGGGCGAAGUUCAAAUGAGAUCAGCUUGUAUGAAUUCUUCGAAAAAGGUCCAGCAAGAUCAGUUACAAUUAAGGAUCAGCAUGAAAGACGAUCUUCAGAGUAUCAAAAGCUGUUUAUCUCUUUCCACUAAUAAGUCUUUUACUUCGCUGGGACAGUUGCAAUCCCCCAGCUUCAAUUCAACUAUCCACAUGCAGAAAAAAAUAAAAAAUGAGCACCUUGCAUUUGAUACUAAAUCUCACUCUUCGACAGCUGGUUCAGGAUCAUUAUUUGUUUCUACCACCAUUUCAUCAGUUAAUCAUGUUUCUGAUACGGAAAUUACUUCUGCUCUUGACUGUUUACCUAUGUUGGCUGAUUGGGAGGAUGUAGCUUUACUGCCAGCAUCUCAGCCUGAGCAAAAUAAAGGUUGUACACAUCCCAUUAGUGACUCAAAUUUAGACAUUUCCUUUAAUUCUACAGAAGGAUUAAUGGUUUUGAAAGAACCUGAAAUGCUAAAUUGUGAAACUUGUAGUGGUAUAGAAGAAAGCCCUCAAAAACUUGAGACCUCUAAGUCUAUUGUAUAUAAGAGCCCUCAUACUACUAUUUACAAUGUAAAAAAAGUCAACGACCCAGUUUCACAUGUUUCUGCCUUUAAGUUGCCGGAACCCAAAUCAAGUGCCUUCAACAACAUGAAUGUCAAUUUGACUCAUUCUUCAAUUUUGGGGAAACAGCCUCUUUUUUUAGGCAGUACUAAAAGGAGCCCCCCCAGCCCCCCAGCUUUCCCACCAACAAAAAAACAGACCUUCACUAUUCAUGAAGAAAAGUCUACUUCAUCUGGUUGCUCCCCAGCAAGAAGUACCUCCCCAAAGAUUCACCCCUCUGUGUUAACGUCUGCAGUUAAUAUACAACAGUCUUGGAAGAGGGGCAGAGUAACACCUCCUUUGUGCAGGUGUGGCCGGAGAUCGAAGAGACUUGUUGUUUCUAAUAAUGGACCAAACCAUGGAAAAGCCUUUUACUGCUGCCCUGUGGGAAAAUACCAAGAAAGUAAAAAAUCCUGUGACUAUUUCAAGUGGGACCAGACCCUUGAAAAGGAGAGAGCCAGAAAUACAGUAUUGGCUCAUUCCCCUGGGGGACUCACGGGUCGGGCUCCAGAAAUGAGCCCAAUGUCUGACAAAAGUGUACGUUUUUCUACCAAAAAUUGUUUGAGAUUGAGACCUUCAAUGAGGAGUUGAUAGACUGCUUUUUAUACCAAAAUUAAGUUGUUAAUGUGACUUUUAAUGUAAAGGGGCAAAGCAUGUAGGACUAUAAGUGAUGAGAACAAAGAGGACACGUUUGAAUUUUAAGAGAGAAAAUUUUCAUGGCCUUACAAUUUUAUAUACUACUUCAUUCUUCCAUUUGCCUUUUGUUUGUUCAUGUAUGAAUUCAAAUUGUUCCUUAAAUUUCCAAAAAAGUAUGGGUAUUAUGCUACUGUCGUAAAGAAACCUGGUGGUGCAGUGGUUUAGUGCCUGUUAAUGGAAGGCAUGGCGUGUUGAACCCACCGGCCACGCCAAGGGAGAAAAUGUGGCAGUAAAGAUUGCCACCCUGGAAACAGUUCUGUGGGACAGUUCUCGUCUGCUAAAGUCUUAAUAAGUUGGAACUGACUCUACACUAACAUUUUUGGUUUUAGUAUCUUACACUUUCAUUUAUAUUUGUAUAUAUUAACAUUAGUGAAUUUUUCAUUUCUUCAGAAUCACACACAAAAUUAUAUUUA